CCCACGGCAGGCUGUCGAAGUCCUCUGUGUGGCUCUCGGCUGGGUGCAAGAGGAUAGAUAAGGCGGAAAUGUCAGAGCUGGAGAGGAGCAUAGAUGUCAUCAUCAACACCUUCCACCAGUACUCGGUGCGGAGGGAUGACCCCGACACCCUGUCGCAGCAGGAAUUCAAACAGCUGGCGAGGAAGGAGCUGCCCAACUUCCUCCAGAAAAAGGACAACGUGACCCUACAAAAGAUCAUGGAGGACCUGGACACAAAUGCAGACAAGCAGCUGAGCUUCGAGGAGUUCGCCAUCCUGGUGGGCCGCCUGACGUAUGCCUCCCAUGAGGAGAUGCACAAGAAUGCUGACCCGGGGAAAAACCACAGCCACGGACCAGGCCUCGGGGAGGGUGGCCAGGGCCACGGCCACAGCCACGGCCACGGCCAUGGCCACAGCCACGGCCACUAAUCAGGAGGCCAGGCCACUGCCCAGCCCAGCUGGGGUCCAGGGCUGCCAUGCCACUCUCCCUGAGCUGCGGGCUGGCAGCUGGGGGCAAAAUAAAGCCUUCCUGCAAGCCAG